AGGAGGGAGGGAGGGAGGGGCAGGGUUGCCGUGCCGCCGGAAGGAAGGUCUGGAUGCUAACCCCCGCCGGCCCCGCCCAGCUCUCACAGCGAUGGCCUCCAACUUCAACGACAUCGUGAAGCAGGGCUACGUCCGCAUGCGGAGCAGGAAGCUGGGGAUUUACCGGCGCUGCUGGCUGGUGUUUAAGAAGUCCUCCAGCAAGGGGCCGCGCAGGCUGGAGAAGUACCCUGACGAGAAGUCGGCCUACAUCCGGGCCUGCCCCAAGGUGACGGAGAUCAGUAACGUAAAGAACGUGACCAGGCUCCCCCGGGACACCAAGAGGCAGGCGGUGGCCAUCGUGUUCACCGAUGACACGUCUCGCACCUUCACCUGUGACUCAGAGCUGGAGGCAGAGGAGUGGUUCAAGACCCUGUCAAUCGAGUGCCUGGGGACCCGCCUCAAUGACAUCAGCCUGGGGGAGCCGGACCUGCUGGCAGCGGGGGUGCAGUGUGAGCACACAGAGCGCUUCAACGUGUUCCUGCUGCCCUGUCCCAACCUGGACAUCUACGGGGAGUGCAUGAUGCAGAUCACCCACGAGAACAUCUACCUGUGGGACAUCCACAACCCCCGCACCAAGCUGGUCACCUGGCCCCUCUGCUCCCUGAGGCGGUACGGCCGCGACGCCACCCGCUUCACCUUCGAGGCCGGCAGGAUGUGUGACAGUGGAGAGGGUCUCUACACCUUCCAGACUCGGGAAGGAGAGCAGAUCUAUCAGAGGGUGCACUCUGCCACACUGGCCAUCGCUGAGCAGCACAAGAGAGCCCUGCUGGAGCUGGAGAAGAACAGCAGGGUGACCUGUUCGGCGGCUCGCAGUCCGACCCCGACACAGACCUGCUCGCCACGCGCCUCUCCACGGAGCGCCACAGCUCGGUGCCCCUCCGUCACGGUCGACAUCCCCCCGGACACUACCUUCCCACCACUUCCUACCCCAGCCAGUGAGGGGCGCUGUGGAGCCACUUCCUUACCGCCUCGUGUCUCGCCCUCGCAUCUCCACUGGAGCCCUGGACUUCAUUUCCGCACCCGGUCACCCCACUCCGCCCCCUCUAGCCCCCGCCCUCCCUACCGCACCAUACCCCACACCACCCCAGCACACCCCCUUGGGCCAGUCAGGGGGUGGAAGGGCGCCACCCAGUGGGGGGCAGGGUCUGAGGGAUCGCCCCCUUCACAAAGACGGGAGGAGCCGGGCCAUGCGGCCGCCACAUCACCUAGCCUUCCCCCGGGGACAGGACUCCAACACCCAGCAGCCCCCAGCGAGGAGCUUACAGGAAGUCCCAAAGCUGCGGCGGUCCUCCCGAGACCAGCACUGGAGCCCCGCCUGGUGUAGUCGCGUUGGCCGCGUAGCCAGACGCUUUUUCGUUUAUUCGUGACCCUUGUCUGUGUGAAGCUCUCUCGUGCAUGCCCCCGUCAGAGAGGAACGUUGUGACAAAUGUGUGUGCGUGCGUGCGUGGGAAAGGAGGAAGGUUAUCUACCGAGGCCUACCGUGGUUCAAUUUUCCCCCUGAUUGGGUUCACUUUGAUCAUCGUGGUCUCUUUAGGGGGUCACAGGGCCACCCCCCCUGACAGACUUCUACACCCCUGACCUCCGUGUGUGAGUGGGGUGCCUGUCAGCGGUCUGGAGACGGAGUCACACCCCAUUGCAGUUCUUCCACGCUCAACAAAACCGUCAUUUUUACCGACCUUGGACAGACCGACUGCCCACACAGUUCUGCAGCAUGAUUACAAUGUAGCUCGCUUGAAUCCGUAGAACCUAAGUGUGACACACAAAAGGUCUGUAAGCUAAGAGGGUUUUGUCUCUCCUUUUAAAAGAAAUGCACAAUUACCCACAAUCCCACUGACCGAGUCUCCACGACUGAGGACGGCAGAGCUUCAGCAGUCUUUCACAGGAAAGGAGAACGGCUUUGUCGUUUUUUUUAUUUCUCUUCCAUCCCUCUCUUAUUUUCUGUAGCCGACAGGGCGACUCGGACGAACUCGGUCCCCACCUCAAACUGUGCUCGGCUACAUCACAACGAUGGGCCCUGAUUUUCGUCCAGCGUUUGGAGCGGAGAGACGCCAUUGGUCGGACUACAGGCAUGACUUUCCAGGGAGCUGACUUCUUUGUUUGUCAUCCAUCCAAUCAGAAGCUCCGCUUCAUUUAGCGAUGGUAAAAGUUCGCCGGCGGAAGAGGUGGGUGUGGUUUCUUGACUCCGCCUCUUUUUUUUCGGGAAGAUUGAAUCCUCGGCCCUAUUGGCUGUGAGACUUGGAAUGAAACACCAGGACCAGAAGAGACAGAUGAGAACGGGUGCAACUUCAGACGUUGUUUUGUGUGUCCUCCUUUUUUGGGAAAAAAACCCCACAUCUGAACGAAACACAGUGUAAUUUAGGACGUUGUGUUCCUAAAUGUUCAUACAUUUCCUUUGCUGAUAGUAAUGCGAUGAUGAUGAUGAUGAUGGUUAAGAUGACGAUGAUGAUUAUUAUUAUAAUUGUUAUUUGUGGUUGUUUUGUUUCGUUAUUUUGCCCCAUGAUGCUUUUGUUCUGAUGAGUAACCCUGGUUACGGAUCCGAGCAGCCUCGAAGUAACUUUUUUGCACUUAGAGUGAUGAUUUUAAACCGAUCUGUUUCAGGCAACUCAGGAGAAAAUAGUUCUUCUAUCCGAAAGGUUGUUUUCUGAGCGCCAGCGAUGUGCGCGGAGCGAAUCCCCCCCCCGAAGGUCGCGAGUUAGGGCAGCCGAACCCUCCCCUCUUCAUUCCUGUCCCGCCCGUCCAGGUCGGCCUUCACACCAAAUACUUUCUUUAGGGCUAGAGAAGGUGUUCCACUCUGGCUGAGGCUGCGGCUCGGAGAGCGAUCUUGCCCCAGCCCCCAGGGGCCCCAACUCCCGACCGUCAGCGUCGCGCCCGACCUGUUCUGCUCGUUAGUCCUACCUUGCUGUCACCUGACUGGAUUGCCUGGAGUUUUAAAACGAUUUGUCAUGUAUCACAAGUUUGUAUAUUGUGGUUUAGUGUUGUCUACACAAGGAGCAAAUAGAGGGUGGGAGGGUUAUUACUGAAUGACUUGUGGGAGGGUUAUUACUGAAUGACUUGUGGGAGGGGUAUUACUGAAUGACU